UAUUGAUAAGAAAUUUCUUCUUUUUCAUUACAACUUUUGUUUUCAUUGUAAGCGUUUGUGUUUUUUUACAAGAAAACAAUGCAUAAAUUACGAAAAUAAGUAAAAUUUUAAUUAAAUAACAACGAAUUGUAAUAAAGAAACAAAAGAAAAAUGAAAUUAUAUAAAUUAUAUACACACACUAAAUCAUAUAAUGAUGCAGAUCUUUUAAUCAACAACAAGGAACACCCCGAUGCUAAGGCGGGAGAUAUUGUUGAGGUAUUUCAUCGUGACGAUGAGGAAAAUACAAGAUUGCUAUUGCAGAUAACGACAUUUACAGAUCUGAAAAAUCGUGAUGUGAUUAGUAUAGAAAGUGGUGUGGCAAAUCAAUUUAAACUGCGCACCUUUAAUGAUGUUGUUAUGCGUGUGGUCGAUGUGGCUGAUGUUGCUUUAGAUUCAAUUGAAAUUACUUUUAAGGAUCAGUAUAUGGGUCGUUCGGAAAUGUGGCGUUUAAAGAAGUAUUUGACUAAUACAUGUGUUUAUGUCAAUAAAAAAAUCGACUACAAUGACAUGCAAAUACGUUGCCAAGUAUACGAGAUGUGGUCACAAGGUGAACGUGUUUCAUGUGGUGUUAUAACCGAAGAUACAAAAAUAGUUUUUCGCAGCAGCACCUCAAUGGUCUACUUAUUCCUACAAAUGUCUUCGGAAAUGUGGGACUUUGAUAUACAUGGAGAUUUGUAUUUCGAAAAGGCGGUAAAUGGUUUUCUUACAGAACUAUUUCACAAAUGGAAAAAACUUGGUUGUAAUCAUGAAGUCACCAUAGUUCUGUUUUCACGCACAUUUUACGCCGCCAAAUCACUGGAUGAAUUUCCCGAUCAUAUGCGUGAAUGUUUACAAAUGGAUUAUAAAGGAAGAUUUUAUGAGGAUUUCUAUCGCGUAGCCAUACAAAAUGAACGCAAUGAUGAUUGGUGCACGGUAUUGGCUCAAUUAAGAAAACUAUUUACUUCUUAUCAAAAAACUGUAUUAAAUUAUCAUGCUCGGGAGGGUGUGAAAAUACCAACAGCUUAUAAUUCGACAGCAGCUCAAGGCAACUUUUUGGAAGUAUUAAAUAUUUCCUUAAACACAUUUGAAAAACACUAUCUAGAUCGUACAUUUGAUCGUACAGGUCAGCUGUCAGUGGUGGUAACUCCCGGGGUGGGAGUAUUUGAGGUAGAUCGAGAACUAACCAAUAUAACGAAACAAAGGGUCAUAGAUAAUGGUGUGGGCAGCGAUUUGGUGUGUGUUGGCGAACAGCCUUUGCAUGCUGUUCCUUUAUUGAAAUUUCAUAAUAAAGACACUUCUCUCACAGCAGCAGAUGAUUACUCUUUACCGCAUUGGAUAAAUUUAAGUUUUUAUUCCACUAAUAAAAAGAUUGCCUACUCAAAUUUUAUACCACGCAUUAAAUUGCCUCCUAUGAUUGCAAAUGCUCCUAUUAAAAUGGAUACUAAUAGUGACAAUGAAAAUAAUUUCCUUAGUUGUAAUCAAUCGGAAUAUAUACAUAAUUCUUUGUUUGAUUAUGAAGCCUAUGAUGAUCAAAUAUUUCAACCACCACCAGCUCAGGGCACUUGUUCUUUACAGCGUAUUAUUAGAGCUAAGAAGACAUCAGUGCCCAGUUUAGAAACGUAUGCUUUUCAAAAUAAUGAUUGGGAAAACUUUACCCCUACUAAAGUGCCCAGUUUAAGACGCAAAAUGUCUGAUCCCGAUAUACAUCAUGGUACUUCGGGAAUUUUGGCAGCCAUGAGUGAUGUCACCAAUCUUUCUGAAUCUUUGGCCUCGGAGAAAAAUGCCAGACGUUCUAUUGUUUCCAUUGCACCCAUAGUAAGACCAGGAAGGUCACUUAUUAAUCCGUUUGAUCCAUCACAUGUAACAAUAAAAUUGACAUCAAAUCGUCGUCGUUGGACUCAUAUUUUUCCAAAGGGUCCCACCGGAGUACUCAUACAGCAGCAUCAUUAUCAGGCAGUACCAGCAAAACAAAAUUGCAAUCAAUUCAAUAACAAUAAUGAUAAUGACUACUCAUCUUGUUACAAUUCUAUGGAGUACGAUCAUACAUCAAAUUGUUCGACACUAAGUAAAUCCAUUACAAAUAGCUUAAACAAUACGGGUGAAACUGAUAAACUUGAAAUUACUAGAAAACGCAACAAUUCCCUACUAAAUACUUCAGCAUUAGUGGCUAACACCUCAACUGCCGCAGUACCAGCUAAGAGUUUUCUCUGGGGUGCUACUGGUGAACAGGAGUGGACUCCAGCCAUUACCACAGUGAAUGGUAGUGUGCGUAAACAUUUAAUACCAAUAGUUGAAACAGAAACCACAAUGGGAAAUGUGUUCGAGACAGAAGCUGAUGGAAAAGGAAAAAUAAUCAUAGGGGUAGAUUGGAAAUCUCUAACGAUACCCGCUUGUCUGCCCAUAACCACUGACUAUUUCCCCGAUAAGCGUUCUCUGCACAAUGAUUAUGUUAUAUCCGAUUAUACUCUACUGCCGGAUGAUGUAAAUUUAGAUUAUGCCAAUAGUCGUGCUAUUUAUCGUAAACCUCUGACAACUGAAGAAGUUUGUACGGAAAUUGUAUCACAACGUUUGGCUCAAGGUUUUCAAUUGAUUGUUUUGGAAGAGAAGGCAAAUACAACUCCGGCUCAGGCACCAUGUUGUGGUGGUCUGAAACAACAAAAACCUACAUCGGUGUUGCAUAUGAAACCAAUGACGGAGAUCACUAAAGAAUAUUUAUUAUCGAUAGGUCGUAUUUUCCAUAUCACCUUAAAUGGUUCGGUUAUCACUGUAACGGGCUAUAGGCCAAGACAUCCUUAUCCCCCUAUUAAUGUUGAUUAUCGUUAUCGUUUCCAUGCCCCUCAACAUGAAACCUAUGAGAUUUCUGGUGUUAAUUUUACUACCGAAAAAUUGGAAAAUUUCAAUUGGAAUUAUAUGGAUCAUUAUAUUUGCACUAGAGGAGAUACUGAUUAUCCCUUAAUGGAGAGCUUAAAAUAUUGGCUUCGUAUGUAUUUAUUACCCAAAGAGAAUAGAGCUAUGAAUACAAUAAUUGAACAAGGUUGUCAGCACUGUGAUGUCUUCACCGAUAACGCCGUGGAUACUAAGCAACAAGUAGAUGAUUUUAUGCGUUUCGUUGAAUUGCAUUUGAAUAAAUUGAAAAGACGUAAAGCACGCGAUAGUCCUACUGCACAAAGUCAUCUAACAAGAAGGCGCCACAGUACCAGCAUAAUAUCCAGACCUCCAUCUAAUCAGGGUGUUACAAAUUCGCCGUUUCGUGAACGUGUUGGCAGUAAUCGUUUGCCCGAAAAGCGACCAAGUUACAUAGCACGUUCUACGGUUUUAAAAACUGAACGGGCAGGUGGACGUAUUAUACAUCCGGCAGCUGAUGCUGCUGCAAUUGCCUUAAAUUCAGAGCUGAAUCAGCAUGAUGAUUAUGAUGAAGGAUCCUCUACCGAAAUUAAAUUACGACCCAAUGCUUCAAUCAAUGAAAUAUUUGAAGCAAUGAAACAUCCCGUUAAUGGCGUUGCCUUCAUUUCACAAACCCAAAGCCUGCCUUCGUAUACAUUUGUAUCGUUUGAUGCCUUAAUGUGGCUUAAAAACAAUUUGGAUAACUCACGUAAUCCUUUGGAAAUUUUAGAGGCCAUGCGCAAAGAGAAACUUAUAUGUCAUGCCUCGGGUGAUUUUAAUAAGCCAGUAAUAGCGGGCUUUUAUUUAUAUUUUAUAGCUCAACAAGAUAAAAAUGUUAAAGACUACAUACGUCCUCUUAAUGAUUUAAGUGCCUUUGAGAAUGAAUGGAUGGAAAUUGAAUUGUUGGGCUGCAACAGUUUAUGGAAUGAUGAAGCUACUUUACCGCAUAUACCGAAUUUUCUAAAAGAUAUACCACCACCACAAUCCUGGACAGAUUGUUGUAAAAAUCAAAAAAUCUAUCGUCAUUCACAUUUGGAAAUUGAUGUCAACCAAAAGAGUGAACGCAUGGAGUGGGGACACGUUAAAUAUCACACUGUUAUGCAAACAGGUUUUGCAUUUGAGAUUGUAGUACAAUGGGUUACAUCGUCGGGACCAAUAGUUUGGGAUUUGAUUAAUGGCUGGAUACGUAAAGCCAAUCAGUGUAAUUACCAAUUAGUACCAGUACCCGCCGAUCCCAUGGCUGAACCAUUUACCGAGAAAUCUGAUCCUCUCAGAGGACCCAUAUUUAUACCCUUGGCUACUCAGCAUUUAAAUAAUGGGGUCAAUAUGUUUGAAGAAUUUUCGGAAGAAACUAGAGCCGAUCGUAUGUUAUUAUUCCAAGAAGCUAUAUUAGCACGUUUUGGAUUUUUACCCUGUGUUGUGGAAAAGAAAUUUACUUUUAACAAAGAUAUCCCAAAGGAAUAUCAAUAUGUUCAUUGUUCUGGAAAUAUGUUUGCUCUUAUACGCUGUUCUAAAAAUACCAAUUAUCAAAUGGAUUCACCAAGUAGACAAGAAGCCAAUGUUACACGUUGUGUUUAUGGUCACACCAAUAAUACUAAUGUUCCUAAGAAGAUUGGUUUCUUAUGGGCCUGGAAUCAUAUGAUACCAAAUAAAAAAUGGAAAUCUCUUCUCAUUAACAAUUCAUCCGAAGGUGAAUUAUUUCAAUUGAAAAUGCUUAAAGAUUUUCGUGAAUUUUGUUCAAAUACCGAUAAUCGUUUAGUUAAAUUUUGGAAUCAUUGUCAUGAUUUAAAACGUGCUUCUUUAAAUAAUAUUGAAAAUAUAAAUAACAAUAAUAAUAAUAUUGAUAAUAAAUCAUUAUUAGCUUUAAGUUAAAUAAAAAAUGGGUUAUUAUUUGUAUAAUAUACAUAUAUUAAUAAUACUCUAUACAUUUUGUUAAUUUCUUUCUGGAAAUAUUUAUCUGUAACUAAAAAUAAUAUAAUUAGCUUUUUUCAAUAAUUUUUACAUUAUUGGUAUAGUUUAAAAUAUUCAAUAUCUCUGUUUUAUUAUUAUUGCGUUAAGUUUUUUUUAUACAAACCGGGAUGUGUUGUUGAAAUCGAAGGAUUUGAAAUCGAUCGAUUUGAAAGUGUGCAAAACACAAAUAGUUUUUUAUUGAUUUCAAGUCCAAAUCGCUUUUCCUCACAUACCUAAAUAAAAAUUUAAAAUAUUUAGAAAAUAAAUACAUUUUUGAAUAU